AUGUCUGCCGUCAUCCCUCUUAUCGCCCGAUCGCUCUCGAAAGAGCUCACCGUUCAAGAAGCCUUAUCAGGUAUUUUUGGUAGCAUCAGUUUGGCAACAUGGAUAUUCUUACUGGUCCCACAACUCAUCUUGAAUUAUAAAUCCGGAAGCGCGGAGGGAAUCUCCCUCGCAUUUUUAUUCGUAUGGAUGAUUGGUGAUAUCACCAACCUCUCAGGUGCCAUCUGGGCCAAACUUGUGCCUACGAUGAUAGCAUUAGCCAUCUAUUUCUGCUUUGCAGACACAGUAUUGAUCUCUCAAGUCUUGUACUACAAGUUGAAAAACGCCAGGGAGCGCAAAGAUUCUGUGGUGUCAGUGUCCUCAAAUGAGCAGGAACCUCUUCUCAGCAGACGACGAAGCAGUGAUGCUACUGGGUUGCCAGGCUCUCACAGACGUCGCUCGUCAGCUUUGAGUGCUACAAGCCACCGGACUGACACAUUGACUAAAAUUCUUGAGGAGAGUGAAUCAGGAGAUUCCAACCCUUGGGUAAGAAAUACCGUUAGCAUUCUCGCCAUUCUUGCCGCUGGUGUUGCUGGAUGGGCAAUUGCAUGGCAAUCAGGAGUUUGGGCACCUGCUCCCGUGAACGAUAUUCCUGUUUCUGCCGAGGAAACUGCUGUAGGAGCGAAGGUCUUGGGAUAUAUCAGCGCUUUGUGCUAUCUGGGUGCCAGAAUUCCUCAAAUAGUCAAGAACUACCGAGAUAAGUCAUGCGAAGGACUUGCUCUCCUCUUCUUCAUCUUGGCGCUGGUUGGAAAUGCGACACAGGGUGCCAGUAUCCUGUUUCAUUCUCAGGAGAAGGACUACCUUAUGACUAACCUACCAUGGUUGCUCGGUUCGCUGGGUACAAUGAUCGAGGAUGCUACAAUUUUCGUCCAGUUCCGGAUCUACUCAAAACCUUCCACGGAUGCCGUUGAAUGA